GUUCAACAUCGGUUUUUCGAUUCUCGAUAGCUAUGUGAUUGAAUCAGCGACAGCAAUCCCUUCAACCCUUCCCUCCGAAUGUCUCGACGUGCUCUCCGGCCCCGAGCAGAUGUCUGCCAGCUCUGCGAAUCUAUGGGAGCUCGACAACCUGUCAGGCAAACCUUCCGAACCAAAAAGUCUUCCCCAACUCCCCGCGCAUCCUUAAGCAGUGGAACGAGACUAUACUCUCAGAAACUGCGGACAUCAAACGGGCCAGGGAUUACUGUCGUCAAGACGAUCCCAUCCAAUUCAAUUGCUAGAAAGCCUCAAAGGGGAAAUGAGGGACAUGCGACGGAAGCGGCGCUUGAGAAAGCUUUGGAAGAAGUGAAGACGACGGCCAAUGCACUCCGAUCUUUGGAAAAGAUUCCUUCGGAGGCAGACACGAACUAUGCUCUAGGACGGUGCGAAGUUAUGGCCAAGCUCCUCGUCUUAGAGCCACCUACACCAUCCUCGGAGAGCAAAAAUGGUGCCACAUCUGCUCUCCUUUCCCUAGAUGAAUCGAGCGCCAAAAAAGUACCUCUCCAUAAACUUCCUCCAGCUAUUCAGCGGAUGGUCGAUCAAUUGUCAAAUCUUGCAUAUUCCAUUAUCAAGCAUCCGCCGAUCUUCAUCACGCCGGCAGCCUUGGAAAUGUACGUGGAGAUUCAGGCAACUCUAGGGAGAUCACAGACAUUUCCGGAAGUUUUCCAUUUGUAUGCUUCCAAGCCGCUACCGAAAGAAGGCACCUCUCCAAUACAAUACACCGAGCAGAACCCUAACAAGGCCGCCAAUGCCAUUACGAUCCCUGUAGCCGAUCGAGCUCUGCAAACUGCUAUCAGUGCUAAACACUUAGUCGUAGCUAUGGAUAUCAUCGAGGCUGCAUACACGACUAAAGCUUUCCAGAGAGCUAAGUUUGUCCGAAAAGGCUUGCUUCCAGCCACGGGUCUGGCAGUCGCUCCGGUGGCAGCUUACACCAUCGCUUCACAGCUCGCAAUUCUUCAAACGACCAUGGAUUCUGCUAUGGCCACCAAUGUUGCUUUUGCUGGCAUACUUGCCUACGUCGGCUUUACGGCCACGAUUGGUGUGGUUGCAGUGACCACAGCCAAUGAUCAAAUGGAUCGCGUGACUUGGGCUCCAGGUGUGCCUCUGAGAGAACGGUGGAUGCGCGAAGAAGAACGGGCUGCAAUCGACAAGGUAGCCGGCGCCUGGGGAUUCCGUGAAAGCUGGAGGCGUGGCGAGGAGGAGGGCGAGGAUUGGGACGCUUUGCGAGAGUGGAUUGGUCGAAAAAGUAUGAUGCUUGACCGCGUGGAGUUAAUGGAGGGUAUGGAGUAACAAUGGGUCCCGAAACUGUAUGCAUCAGUCGAGUCAUAUGAGUGUAGCGUAGCCCUACCUUACCGCCCUACCUUGGUCCUAAGUAUGGUUGACAUAUGUCAUAAAUUGUGAGCCCUUCGCACCUUCCCACACACUCCCAAAAAUAGUUGAACUUGGUUGCUCUCCUCUUAUUGAA